CAGACUGUAAAGCUAUUGUUCAGCGCCUUGUCAGAUUUCGCCGGGUUUUAUUUUUAACGGGUUUUUAUAAAAACCUCUUUCUUAUCUGCGCCAGCAUUUCAAACAACCGACAGAGUUAGCCAUGACAUCACGUGCUGGCCCAAGAGCUGCCGGGACUGACGGAAGUGACUUUAAGCACAGAGAGAAAGUGGCUCCUCAUUAUCAGAUGAGUGCUUCAUUAAAGUCUGAGAUCAAGAAGCUGACCAUCGUGCAUCUAGUAAUAUGGUUACUCAUAGCCUCCCAGGUGACAAUCUCCCACUUCAAGUUGUUCUCCCAUGAUGUGGUGGCCAUGCCCUAUCAGUGGGAGUACCCAUACCUCCUCAGCCUGCUGCCCUCACUGCUGUCUGGCAUGGCAAUGCCCAGGAACAACAUCAGCUACCUGGUGAUCUCCAUGAUCAGUGCAGGCCUGUUUUCCGUGGCUCCACUAAUCUUCGGUGCCAUGGAGAUGUUCCCAGUGGCGCAGCAGCUGUACCGACAUGGCAAGGCAUAUAGAUUUAUUUUUGGCUUUUCAGCAGUGUCUGUGAUGUACCUGCUGAUGGUGAUCGCCAUUCAGGUGCACGCAGGGCAAAUUUACUAUAGCAAGAAGCUACUGGAUGCCUGGUUUGACUCCACACAGGAAAAAAAGAAAAAAUAAACAGACUGUUGAUGAAGAACUGGUUACAAGUCAUACUGUUGCACAUUACUCACAGUUUUGACAUGCAUGGAAUUAUCAAAAAGGAAUUAUUGCACAUCUAAGAUGAAGUGGACUUAGAUACCAAUGAGCUCUGUUUAUUUUUUUUAUGCCAUGCAAUAUAUUUAGACAGAUUUACACAACAAAUGAGGAUUAUACUAAAUUAAUCACCUCUGUCAGUCAGCUUAGGUGUGUACUGUAAUUUAUGUAUAGGCAUAGAUUUUUUUAUUUUACAGAUUAACAGCAAAUCCCUAAUCUUUUGAUGCUCUCACAUUGUAUUUAUUAUUGUUUUGUUGUAUUUAUUCAACAUUGUAUUUAUGUAUAUUUUAAACUAUUGAUACUAUCAUGUGCCCAUGUUAUCAUUUAAAAUUUUAACAUAAUUAAAGUUCAUUGCUUUAAAUUAGACUGAACAUAAAUUUAUAUUAAAAGAGCCAGGGGUAUAUUAUGCCAGCUCUUGUGUAUGUGCAUAGGCCUUCACCUGGUACAAUAUGGACUACACACAGAUGACCAUUCUCUAAAAAGCACUGACUCUUUAAUUCAUGCUGCUACUUUUACCAGUGGACACUGUUAAAAUUAUGUACUAUAUACUCACUAGAUAUAUACUUCCUGGCCAAAAAAAUCACACAUGCAAAGAUUUCAUUGUAUCACCUUUAGCACACACUGUUGUGUCCAAUUGAGUUCAGGCCAGAUUUGUGUCGUCAGCCAUAUAAUGUGUCUGAGCCUAGACCCAACCAUCUGAAACAAAUCCAAAGACUUACAGUGCAGUGAUGUACAGUGGCCACUAUGCAUGAGGUUUGCAUCGCUUCAUGCUCCUCCCUUCUUACACUGACACGCCCAUCGCUCUUGAAUAGAGGCAAUCUAAACCCAUUAGACCAUAUAACUUUUUUCACUUGCUCGAAAGUCCAAUUUUUAUCCUUCAUAGCAAUUUA